AGAAAACAAUUAUGGCGACGAAGAUGGACAUGAAGGCUGUGUUUGUUUUCUUCUGAGAGAAAUAGUUUUGUUAAAAAUCAAGAAAAAAAUAUGUUUAGUUGGUGGUCCUCUUUGGGGCCCCCAAAAAGUGAAAAUGGCGGUGAUACGAGCGAGAACCCCGUCGAAGGAGAGCCGAAAACAAAUGCUGAGUGCUCUGAUGAUUCUAUACCCAACACGACAAACGAGUCGGAAAGUAAAGGCUCCGAGCUAGAUUAUGCAAAGGACGUAGCUAAAAAUGUAGGAAGCUACCUUUUCAGUUUUGCUAGUGUUGCAACUAGUACAGCUUUUAAAGUAAAGGACUCUGUGAAGGAAACUGUUGAGAAACAGUCAAUAAUUGGAGAUUUCAAGAAGCAACAAGAUGAGUUUGUGAAGGAAAAGAAUUGUAAGAGAAGAGAGGUUGCCGUUCCUCCAUGGGUAGGCUACAAUGAAGAGGAGGCCAUGAAAAAUCAAAUCCUAGCCCUUUCAACAGAUGAAAGAAACUUCUUACGAGAUCCUCCAUCUGGUGUUCCAUUCCACUUUGAAAGUGACUCAAUGUAUCCUGUUGCUUUGGCAACUUUACAAGAGGACAAAAAUCUUAGUAAAAUGAGAUUCCAACUUGUGCCUAAAAAAAUUUCAGAGGAGAGAUUUUGGAGAAAUUACUUCUACAGAGUUUCACUCAUAAAGCAGUCAACACAGCUUACAUCAUUGGCAGCUACAGGUGGUGGGGGUUCUAAUGGCAGUGACAGACAAGGUGCAACAUCAGAAACAAAGUCUGAUGCUGAAACAAGUCAAAGUGGUGCUGUCAAUGUACCCAGAAAGAAUGUAGAAACACCUAAUACCCCAGAAGAAGACUUCUCUGAGCCAAUUCCAGAUGAGCACUCUGUACAAAAUGAAUUCAUCAGUGACUCUUUUGCACAAACAGAACAAGAACUCAGUCAUGAUGACUUGCGGCAAAUUGGAAUGGAAAAGAAACCUGAAGGAGAUCCAAACAAUCAGUCAAAGCCAACAGAAGGAACAAAACCAGCAACAUCUGAAACUCAAGAUGACAUUCCAGAAUGGGAAAAGGAGCUUCAAGCAGAGCUACAGGAUUUUGAAGUUGUUGACAACGAAGAUAGUGCUGAGUGGGAAAAAGAAAUUGAAGACAUGUUAGAGGAAGAAAAUGUUUGAAGACACUAGUGAACUGAACCCUUACUAAGGAAAACCUGUUUUAAUAUGUUCACUAAAAUUAUAUAAUAUCAAGCAAAGUAAUUAAAACAUUUCAGACAGGUGAAGGAGGAAUGUGCUGGAUUCUGUAUAGACUAGUUAUGUAUUUCUUAUUUAAUGCAGCCAUGUUAUUGGGUGAGGUUUGCUCCAUUUGGUACAAUUUUUGCCAACUGUUACUUAAGCUUUUAUUGUUUUAUGUAGAAAUGCAGCUACAUGGAGUUGUAAAUUGCAUUGAGUGAGAGGAUCAUUUUGCAUUAAUGUGAAUCUGAAACUUUUGUGGAAUUUAAAAAAAAUUAUGAUAAUUACUGUAUUUGUGGUAUUUGUGGUAUUCAUUAGUCCUUCCAAACAUUUUGCUGUAUCACAAGUCUUGUUUAUUGUUUUUGUUGUUACUUAGACAUCUAGCACCAAACUUAUGCUUUUGGCUGCCAUGUCCAUUCAAUUCUGUGUAGCUAGCUGGUUUUCUGGUACAUGGUUAGAAAACUGAAGAAAAAAGAAAUUCAAGGCAGCCAAGAAGUGAGAAGCUUAGGUUUUGCAAUUCCUCUUACACCUUUAGUAUGAACCUUAGUGCAGCUCUUCCAGUGAACUGAAAUUCCCACAAAUCAGUUAGCUUCUAGGGCUAAGAAACAAUCAGUGUAAAAAUCUGUAAGGUAAAAUAUUCUAUAUAGUAAUAUUCACCUCUAACAUUGAAGUAAAAUAAAUGGUCACAAGUUUCUUUGUUUCUUUAACAGUA